CACAGCUCGUUGUCUUUUGUAUGAUGUCUCCUCUUGUUGCCCGCCUGCUGCUCCUUAUCUGCUUGGCUUUACCUCUUUAUGGCGUGGAAAAGGUGAGAAAUAGAGGAUACCGAAAGGAUCCAGACGCAGACAAGUGUACUGGAAAUGAUGCAGAAAAGCCAAACUGCACUUCACACUCUGAAGGAAGAAGAUCCUCUUAUUUGAACCAAGUGUUUGGCAGUUGCAUGCAGGGUCCAGCAGGCAUCCCUGGCAGAGAGGGUAACCCAGGAACCAAUGGUAUUCCAGGUACGCCGGGCAUCCCUGGUCGUGAUGGGCUCAAGGGGGAAAAAGGAGAGUGUGUUAAUGAGAUCUUUGAACAGCCCUGGAGGCCCAACUACAAGCAGUGUGCUUGGAACUCUCUGAAUUAUGGAAUUGACCUGGGUAAAGUAGCUGACUGUACAUUCACAAAGCUUCAUUCAGACAGCGCCCUGAGAGUUCUCUUCAGUGGUUCCCUUAGACUGAAGUGUAAGAAUGCGUGCUGCCAGAGGUGGUACUUUACCUUCAAUGGAGCAGAAUGCUCAGGACCUCUGCCCAUAGAGUCAAUCAUCUACUUAGACCAAGGAAGUCCUGAGCUCAACUCAACCAUUAACAUCCACAGAACAUCUUCAGUUGAGGGGCUGUGUGAGGGCAUCAAAGGAGGGUUGGUGGACGUCGCUGUGUGGGUGGGGACCUGUUCUGACUACCCCAGAGGUGACGCAUCUACAGGAUGGAAUUCAGUAUCCAGGAUUAUUGUUGAGGAACUUCCAAAAUAGAAACCAUGAUCCACGUACAGGAGGGGCCAGUCUUGGUAGUAUAACAGUAUGUUAUCUGGCUCCCCAAAAUGAUCAGGUUUGGUUAGCUGAGGCGUCCCAGCAUCACUGAUGGUAACUUGAAUGUUUUAUUGUUUUGUUUAAAUACUAUAAUAGCUGACAGGCCUAUAAACAAGAAUACUGUGUCAUUCUGUCUACCAGAAAUAAACUUUGUACUGUAGCUUCUCUGUUCAUGGGUGCUACUGGUGCAUGUUCACCAGUUAACAGACAUUGUGCCACGACACUGAUUCAAUUCUUUACACACGUCUUAUUUGUAUUCAUCAAUAUUGCCAGGAAAGGUACAUUGGUAUUAAACUUUAGUGAUUUUUUCAAUAUUAGUCACACUCAAGCUGCUAAAGUGCAAAAAAUGCACUUUUAAUACGGUAGCUAUAAAAAAAUAUAUACAUUAAUUUUUUAUUCUACUUUCAUUGAGCUAUUUUUUCACCUGCAACUUACCUAAUUAUUGAUAUCAAAUAAUUCAUUUUUAACGAUUUUAACUCUUCGAAUGCCAGUUUUUGUCAUG